UCUCCACACCUGGUUAUGUAACAACAAACAACUACCAGUCUAAUAAUCCAAUCUUAAAUCAUAGAUUCUUGUACUGCUCACUGCUCAAAAAUAGAAGAAGAAAAACAUCCUUAAAAGUCCUGACAGUUCAUAACCAACAAUUUUUUCAGAGCCCAAAUGCAUAAUCAUAGGUUCUUCUUCCUCUUGCUGGUUUUACAAUUCCUCAAACUCUGCUCCAGUUUCUCUUCCAACCCACAUCAUCGUCUGUUCCCCUGCAAGCCACCCCACCAUAGCUCUUACCCCUUCUGCAACACCUCACUCCCCAUCACCACCAGAGCUCAGUCCCUUGUCUCCCUCCUCACCCUUCAUGAGAAGAUUCAACAGCUCUCCGACAAUGUCUCUGCAAUCCCAAGACUCGGCAUACCCUCUUACGAAUGGUGGUCCGAAUCACUCCAUGGAAUCGCCAUCAAUGGUCCUGGAGUUUCCUUCGAUGGAGUCAUCAACUCCGCUACAAGUUUCCCACAAGUGAUUCUCACUGCGGCUUCCUUUAAUAGGACGCUUUGGUUCUUGAUUGGUUCGGCUAUUGCUGUUGAAGGCAGAGCAAUGUACAAUGUUGGGCAAGCUGGGUUGACUUUCUGGGCACCCAAUAUCAAUAUUUUCAGAGAUCCCAGAUGGGGGAGAGGCCAGGAGACUCCAGGUGAGGACCCCAUGGUUGCUUCUGCUUAUGCUAUUGAUUUUGUUAGGGGUUUUCAAGGUGCCAAUUGGAUGUCUGGUAGUGGAAUAAGGAAUAGAUUUGGAGAGACGAGAGUAUUGAAAGAUGAUGAUGAUGGGAAUCGUGAGGAUGAUGAUCUUAUGCUCUCUGCUUGUUGCAAGCAUUUAACUGCUUAUGAUUUGGAAAAAUGGAAGAAAUUCAAUAGAUAUAGCUUCAAUGCUGUGGUUUCAGAACAAGACUUGGCAGAUACAUAUCAGCCCCCUUUUCGUAGUUGUGUUGAACAAGGCAAAGCUAGCUGCUUGAUGUGUUCUUACAAUGAAGUAAAUGGUGUUCCUGCUUGUGCAAGGAAGGAUCUCUUGGAUCAACCUCGGAAUGAAUGGGCGUUUAAAGGAUAUAUCACCUCUGACUGUGAUGCUGUGGCCACGGUUUUUGAAUAUCAGAAUUACACUAAAACUCCUGAGGAUGCAGUUGCUGAUGCUCUUAAAGCAGGGACGGAUAUUAAUUGUGGAACAUACAUGCUUCGGCAUAUGCUCAAUGCAACUAAACUAGGGAAGGUGCAAGAGGAGGACAUAGACAGAGCUCUUAUCAAUUUGUUCUCUGUUCAGCUUCGUCUCGGGCUGUUUGAUGGGAAUCCUAGAAAAGGGAAAUUUGGAAGUUUAGGACCUCAAAAUGUCUGUACCUCAGAGCACAAGAAAUUGGCACUUGAGGCUGCAAGACAGGGAAUUGUUCUCCUUAAAAAUGAUAAAAAAAUUUUGCCUUUGAAGAAAAAUGAAUAUUCCUCUUUAGCCGUCAUUGGCCCUUUAGCAAACAAUGCAAGUAAAAUGGGUGGAGGCUACUCAGGAAUUCCCUGCAACCCAAAGAGCCUUUUUGACGGAUUUCAAGAUUAUGCAAAGGAAACAUCUUAUACAGCUGGUUGCCUUGAUGUAAAUUGUACCUCUGAUGUUGGGUUUGAUGAAGCCAUUCUUACUGCCAGAAAAGCUGAUUUUGUUGUUAUAGUUCUUGGUCUUGAUUUGACCCAAGAAACAGAAGAUCUUGAUCGAGUUAGUCUUCUCUUACCUGGUAAACAGAUGGCUCUUCUAUCCACCAUAGCUGCUGCUAGUAAAGAACCAGUGAUUCUAGUUCUUACUGGUGGUGGGCCUCUUGAUGUAUCAUUUGCUGAGAAGGACCCACGAAUUGCAAGCAUUCUCUGGAUUGGCUACCCUGGGGAAGCUGGUGGUAGGGCACUUGCAGAAAUUAUCUUUGGAGAUUAUAAUCCAGGUGGAAGACUGCCCGUGACUUGGUAUCCUCAGUCAUUCACCAGUGUCCCAAUGAAUGAUAUGAGUAUGCGGGCUGAUUCUGCUCGUGGUUAUCCUGGAAGAACAUACCGAUUUUAUACUGGAAAUGUUGUUUAUUCAUUUGGACAAGGCCUGAGCUACAGCAACUACGUUUAUGAAUUCUUAUCAGCCCCAAAUAAACUAAGCCUAACAGGAUCUUUGCAGGCUGGUUCUGGUAGAAAAGUACUACAUCAAGUAGGAGAUGGGCUUGAUUAUGUAAACAUAGAUGAGGUAACUUCUUGUGAUUCAUUGAGGUUCUCUGUGCAAAUAUCUGUGAGGAAUGAUGGAAACAUGGAUGGUGGCCAUGUUGUGUUGUUGUUCUCAAGAGUGCCAAAAGUUAUCAAAGGCACUCCAGAAAAGCAGCUAGUUGGAUUUGACCGUGUGCAUACUACUUCAUAUGGCUCUACUACAACGAGCAUUUUAGUGGAUCCUUGUGUACAUCUUAGCAUUGCAAAUGAAUAUGGAAAAAGAAUACUGCCAUUGGGUGAUCAUACAUUAUCGUUAGGAGAUUUAGAGCAUCUUGUUUCAAUUGAAACAAAUUAAUGCAACAUGUCAAUGAAAAAGGUAAAUUUACAGAUUCAGCAUCAUUUUUAUUGUUGAAACACAGCGCUUGUGGGGAAAAAUAAUGCCUUGAUGGAGCUGAGAAAAUGGAAAAAGAAUCUUGUGGCCUGAUUCCUUUUCUUGUUCCUGAGACUGCCCCCACAAGGUACCGUAAAAUAGAAGAAGAAUAAUCCUUUUGGGCGGAGUUUGAAAGUGUAUGGAGCAUGUUUGAUUGUUGAUACUAUCUUACUAUAUCUGUCAUCCAGGUUGAUUAUUUUAUCGGGUAUGAUAGAGAAUGAAGGCACAGUUCUGAUUAUAAAGCAUAAAUCUCUGAAUCCCUGUUAGUCUGUAGCUUAAUGUUUCUGUUUCAAGGAAAUAAAUCCCAUAUUGCAAGGUUAGGAAUUUUCCUACCUAGUUAUCCUUA